AUGGCCCUUGUCAGGCCCCUGAUGGGCACUCAUUCUAUCUUGCACCAGUUUCUGCCUGUGAAAUUCUUCCAGAGGGUGUCUGCUGGUGGUGAGGAGUUCUGGAAAGUGAUCCCUUGCUUAGUGCCCCACUUCCAGAGGGUGCCCUUCCUGCUCCGGAUAGCGGAGAGUAUGGCCAUUCACGACCCUCACAGCAAUGGCUUCUACGGGCACCACCAAGGGCAGUUCAGGAGUGAAGGUGCUCAAGAGUACUACCUGGCAGCCAGGCCCCAGCCGCUGGCAGUGUUCCUGCAGCGGUGUCAGGAAUCAGCGAGGCAGCACUUGUUCUCCAAGCAUGACAACUGUACUUCCUUCGACAGGGGUGUCAAUGUCCUAGUGGCCCCCAACUUUCUGGGGGGUUCACCCUGGAAUGGAAGGCAUGGCCAGGCAGGCAAGCCGAGGAGCCUGGGGUAUGGGCCAGGGAGGCUGGGUGUCACUACGCAGGUUAGGGGCCUCGGAGGGGCCCCAAGGGGUGCCUGGUGCCGGGACUGUGGGCCAAGGGCCCAUACCGCUGAGGAGGGCCCCUGCUGCCUGCUGCAGGGCAUCGGCAGGCAGAAAGACCUGGAGCACCUCUGGGAGUGACGCACCUUCCUGCGCUGGGCACCCUGUGAGCUGGAGCUGCACCAGCAGCGGCCCCUGGAAUCCUCCUACCAGGCUGACUUCCGCUCAGGCCCAGGACUCAGUGGUUUCCCCCAGAGCCUCAUCCACUUUGUGCGGAUCCAGCCUCCCUGUGCCAGCACCAUCUACCAGCAGAACUUCUGCCAGCCAUCCCGGGGUGACCACUGUGGCAGUGACGGUGCCCUGGCCACCAACACACUGCCUGACCUCCCGGGGACCCCAAGGCCUCAGCUGCUGCAUUACCUUCACACAGGGGUCUCUGAGUGUUUAAACUGGUCAAGAGCAUUAAACAAGAAUGGCUGAUCCCAAGGCCUGUCUGUGCUUGCAGCCCUUGGGUCUCGGAGGCCGGGGCAGUAGGGCCUCACAGGCUGCACCUGGCUCCCUGCUGCUCUCCCUGCCUGCAUGCUGGGCAGGUGGGGAGGUGCUGUCCCGGUGAAGCCACCACAGGUAGGCCCCAGACGAGUCCGUGCUCGUAGCAAAUGGGCUGUGAGCCCCAGUGCUGACUGUUGGCAGGGAAGCAGCAUCUACGGCCCCAGGAGUGGGCAGCAGAGGCUGGGGCGCAGCAAGGGCUGAGAGCCUCUAGAGCACUGGUGGGCGUCACACUGUCCUGCCCUGGGGCUGAGGGAGACUGUCCCAGCCACAGCCCACACCGGCCACCGCCCUGCCCGUGGACGCAAACACAGGCUUUGAGGAGAUGCUUGUGACAUGGACUGGAGGACAUCCUAACCCCACGGCAUCCUGCUGUAGUUUCCUGAGCUCUUCUCUGGUCACCUAGGAUGGGGGCGAUGGCUGUGAGCCGAGGCUCAGGUGG